UCAUGAUUUUACUGGGCAUUUUCUUAUUUCUGACCUUUUGUGGAAGAAGUCUGACUCAGGAGCAAACGUAUGUCAUUACUGCGCCCAAAGUGAUCCGUGCAGGAGCAUCUGAGAAGACGGUGGUUCAAGCCUUCGGAUAUGAGCAAGAGUUUUCAGUGACAGUCUCUAUUAAAAGCUUUCCAGAUAAACAAACUGCUUACGCCUCGGGUCAUAUCCGUCUGACACCCGCCAAUAAGUUCCAAGGUUCUGUUAGUUUAACGAUCCAGCCAAGGGAUUUAGGAAACACAGACCCAAAUAAUUUAGUUACAGCUGUAUAUCUGGAAGCUGUUUCUCCACACUUUACAAAGGAGAAGAAAAUGCAUGUUACGUAUGAAAAUGGAUUCCUCUUCAUUCAGACUGACAAACCUGUUUAUACUCCAGAUCAGUCAGUGAAGGUUAGGCUCUACUCUUUAAAUGAAGAACUGAGGCCGGCGCGAAGGUCGGCCACGUUAACUUUUGUGGAUCCAGAAGGAGUAGAAGUGGACAUUAUAAAAGAAGAUGACUUUACCGGAGUUAUAUCAUUCCCUGACUUCAAAAUUCCACCAUACCCUAAAUAUGGUAUUUGGAAAAUUAAAGCCCAGUAUCAAAAGGACUUCACAACCACUGCCGAAGCAAAAUUUCAAGUUAAAGAAUAUGCCAUGCCAAGCUUUUCUGUCACCAUAGAACCUGAAAAGAACUUCAUUAGUUCUGGUCAAUUUGAAAGCUUCACGAUUGUUGUGAAAGCAAGAUAUUUUUACAACAAGAGGGUGGCCAGAGCAAAUGUUUAUAUCCGUUUUGGAAUAAUUCAAGGAACUGAGAAGACCAUGAUGCCAAAAGCAGUGACGUUCAGAGAGAUGAACGAUGGAGUUGCAGAUUAUAAUUUUAACAGCCGAGCUGCUGUUGCCGAACUAGGAUAUCACAGUCUUGAGGAGCUUGAUGGCUGCAGCCUUUAUAUUUCAGUUUCAGUGCUGGAAUCUACAGGUGGUCAUAGUGUUGAAAGUGAAUUCACAGGUGUCAAGUAUGUCCUGUCCCCUUACAAACUGAAUUUGGUUGCUACUCCUCUCUUUGUGAAGCCUGGACUCCCCUUCUACAUUAAGGUACAAGUGAAGGAUACCUCCGGUGAACCCCUUAGAAACGUUCCUGUGAUUUUUACUGCAAGCGCCUUCAGUGAGCAAAUGGAAGAGACAAAAUUAGUUCAAGAGGGCUCAGAUUCUGGGAGAAGUCAAAAUACCCAAAGCGAUGGAACAGCUCUCUUUGUGGUUAAUGUUCCUCCUGGUAGCAAAGAGCUGGAGUUUCAAUUAAGAACAGCAGAUGCCAAGUUACCAGAAGACAGCCAGGCUAGUAAGAGCUAUGUGGCAAAAUCAUAUGUUUCUCCCAGUGGAAGCUACUUAUAUAUUGACUGGGCUUCAAACUACAGAGUGCUACGUGUGGGGGACAACCUCAACAUCAACAUUCAUCCGCUUAGCCGCUAUAUUGAUGAAAUACAUCAUUACAGCUAUUUGAUCUUAUCCAAAGGGAAAAUAGUCAGCUAUGGGACUCAGGAUAAGAUUGAAGGCUCUGUUUAUCAAAGCCUAACUUUUCAACUAACUUAUGAAAUGGUGCCUUCGGCCCGCCUUCUGGUCUACUACAUAGUUACAGGAGAAGGAACUGCAGAGCUGGUAGCUGAUUCUGUCUGGCUGAACGUAGAACAAAAAUGUGGGAACAGCAUUGAGGUUCAGAUAUCAAAAAGCCAGGAAUCAUACAAUCCGGGACAGAUCGUAUUGCUUUCCAUGAAAUCCCAGUUUGACUCUUUCAUUGCUUUGUCAUCCAUGGACAAGGCAAUUUAUGGAAUAACAGGAAGAAAGAAGAGGCCCAUGGAAAGAGCUCUUCUGCAAUUGGAGAACAGUGAUCUGGGUUGCGGUGCCGGUGGAGGACAGAACAACGUAGACGUCUUCCGAAUGGCUGGCCUCACCUUUCUGACCAAUGCCAACGCAGAGGACUCAAAAGAAGCAGAUGAAGCUUGUGAUGCCAUUGUAAGAUCAGUAAGGUCCACCAUCAGCGAAGAAAUCGAAAAAAAAGUAUCUCGCUAUAGACAUAAAGAAGUCCAGAAGUGCUGCCGGUCCGGUGCAGAAGAGUAUCCCCUCUCUCAGACGUGCAGCAAAAGAGCCAGCCGUAUUAGCGUACCAGUGUGUAGAAAGGCCUUCGAGGACUGUUGUGAAUUUGCAAACAAGCUACGUCUAACUGAGCCACACAAAGUUUUACUACUGGCAAGAAUGCAAAUGGAAGCUUUCUUAGAUGUGGAUGAGCCAGUGAUCCGAAGCUAUUUCCCUGAAAGCUGGCUCUGGGAAGUCCACCAAGUUCCUCGGUCGAAGACUCUUUCUGUGACCCUUCCUGAUUCUCUCACUACAUGGGAAAUACAGGGUGUUGGCAUCUCAGAUAAAGGUAUAUGUGUUGCUGAUGCACUUCAAGUGGAGGUAAUCAAAUACAUUUUCUUAAGUGUGAAUAUUCCUUACUCUGUUGUCCGUGGAGAGCACAUUGAAUUGAGAGGAUCUGUUUACAAUUACAGAGAUAUCAGAACGAAGUUUUGCACUGAGAUGUCAGUUGGCGAAGGAAUUUGCCUGUUCAGAGGCUCCACCAGGAAUCGGCUUGGCAUACAAACCAUCAGGUGUGAUCGCCGUCGCCUUCCGGUAAUAGAGGGCUCUUCUGUUGCCUCAGUAACAUUCAAGAUUCUCCCUCUGGAGAUAGGUCUCCACACAAUCAACUUUACCCUCCGAACCGAGUUUAACAGCGAAACCGUCGUGAGAACCUUAAGAGUUGUGCCAGAAGGCAUACGAAAGGAAAUUUAUGAAGGCCGCACUCUGGACCCACAAGGUGUUUAUGGCACCGUGAAGAGAGAGGCGGAAUUUCAACACAGGAUGCCAUCAGAUAUUGUCCCUAAAACAAGACUUGACAGGACUGUGAGUAUAAAAGGACACAUUCUGGGUGAAGUGAUCACUACAGUUCUCGACCCAGAAGGGGUCAACUUCCUUGCUAACCUCCCCAAGGGAAGUGCAGAAACUGAACUCAUGAAUGUCAUCCCAGUAUUUUAUGUGUAUCACUACCUGGAAAGGACAAACAGCUGGGACGUUCUUGGCCCAGCAACCAUCACUUCAAGAUUGAACAUAUGGAGAAGGAUGAAAGAAGGAAUCAUAAGAAUCCUAUCAUUCCAGAAAAAAGAUUUUUCUUACACAAUGUGGAAGGAUGGUCAGUCCAGUGUUUGGAUGACAGCUUUUGCUUUAAGGAUUUUGGGACAAGUUAGCUCGUACACUUCUGUGGAGCAGGCUUCUGUGUGCAGUUCUCUGGCAUGGAUGAUUGACUACUGUCAAAUGGAAGAUGGAUCUUUCAGAGAGAUUUCAAGUUACCAGCCAGUAAAACUACAGGGUACGCUGCCUAAAGAAGAGCAAGAAAAGACUUUGUAUCUCACAGCAUUCUCUUUGAUCGGAAUUGAAAAAGCAGUCCAUUUAUGCCCGCUGCAGAAAAUCCAGGAUGCUAAAAAUAAAGCUGAGGAUUACUUGCUGCAGAACUUCCAGUCUGCGCAAAGUACAUUUUCCUUGGCAAUCGUCACUUAUGCACUGACUCUUGCAAGAUCCAACCAGGCCGGUGCACGCGCAGCCUACACUGCUCUGAAGAGGGAAGCCCUUGUGAAUGGUAAAGUGAACCCUUUGUAUCGCUUCUGGAAAGAUUCUUCCAACAAAGUCGAUCGAAGUGCUCCUUCUCACGGCAGCGCUAAGAUGGUUGAAACCACCGCAUACGCUUUGCUCUCCACUCUGCUGCGUGGUGACCAAACCUACGCUAACCCGAUCGUCAGAUGGCUGUUGGAACAGCAAAGAUAUGGUGGAGGUUUUUAUUCCACACAGGAUACGGUCAAUGCUCUAGAAGCCCUAACGGAGUAUUGCAUUCUCAUUAAACGGUUGGAGCUGGAUAUGAAUGUCAAAGUGUCCUACAGGAAUCAUGGGGAUUUUCACCAACACAGAGUUACAAAAACCAAUUACAUAGGAAAGCCUGUGGAAGCUCCCUUGUAUGAUGACAUAGAGGUGCGCACAGGUAGCAACACUGGAUUAGCAACAGUGAGCGUGAGGAGCGUGUAUUAUAAAACCAGUACUUCUGAAGACACUUGUAGCUUUGAGCUGAAGAUCGAAGCAAAGUUACCAGAUGUUCCAGAUGCUGAAGAAGAAGAUGAUGAUUCAUACCACAGGCAGUCUAAUGAACCCAGGCGUUUGGUGGCCUGUGCAAAGUACAAGCCUAGCCGGCUAGAACCACAAUCUGCUUCCUCCCAUGCUGUGAUGGACAUAUCAUUGGUUAGCGGAUUGGAUGCAAACACAGAAGAUUUAUCUAUUCUUGCAAAUGGAGUGGAUCAUCUGAUAUCAAAUUAUGAGAUAAAAGAUGGACACGUAGUGGCACAAGUAGACUCGAUUCCUGCCGGUGAGUUCCUGUGCAUCGGGUUCCGAGUAGCAGAGAUUUUCCGUGUUGGAAUGCCAAGCCCUGGAACCUUCUCCGUGUACGAGUAUCACGCUCCGGACAAACAGUGCACUAUCUUUUACAAUCCAUAUGGAGAAGACUCUCUUGUAAAACUCUGUGAAGGCAGUGAGUGCCAAUGUAUGGAAGCGGAAUGUGGGCGCAUGCAGAACAGACUGGAUCCUUCCAUUAACGUUCAGACCAGAAGCAAAGCUGCUUGCCAGAAUGACAUUGCCUACGUCUAUAAAGUAAACAUCUUGUCCUCCAGUGAAGAAGGCAGCUUUGUGAAAUAUUCUGCAACUCUACUGGAUCUCUAUAAAAGGGGGGAGGCUUUUGCUCAGAAGAAUGAAGGAAUUGUCUUUAUUAAAAAGAAGACCUGUAAUGAUGUUCAGCUCAACCUAGGAGAAAACUACUUGGUCAUGGGGAAAGAGGCCUUGAAAACAGGACAUGGAGCAAGUAUCAAGUACCAAUAUCCCUUAGAUGGCAUGACAUGGAUUGAGUGGUGGCCUUCUGCUUCAUCCUGUGAUUCCUGUCAAGAUUUUGUAGAUACAAUGGAGGAAUUUGCAGAUGAUCUGUUAAUCAGUGGAUGUUAAGCUACCAGAGAACUCCUGCAAGCAGCCUUUGAACCAAGCAAAGAUCCCUACAGUGUGUGUUUUCUGCAGUUCUUCCUGACCAUCUGUGAUGAUCUUAGCUGAUUUAACCAGGAAAGCCAAACCUGUCCGCAUUUCUCCCCUAUUAGAGAGACCAACAGCUUUCUCAGAUAAGGCUUGUUUGGAGAAACUUUUAAUAGAUGAGAACCCAAUUAUCACAUGAAAAUAGCUAAGUUUUGUGUUUAUGUGAUAAAGUUCCAUACUAAGUAACAGAGCCAUACGUACAUAGGGGUCUACUUCCUUUCCUUUUGGUAUGAUCUUAAUGGUUUUAAUUAUUUUAAUGUAUAUUUUAAAUGGUAUUAUGUAUUUACUAUAUCUAA